AUGAAACCAAGAGGACUGUUGAUGCUCGUUACGUUGGGAUCUCUGUGGGCGGGUUGUUCUUGUCUGCCGGCUGAAUGUCUGACAAAGAAGCAGAAUUACUCUGGGACACUGUGGGUUGACUGUAACAAUCUACACCUUACCACAAUUCCUGAUGACAUACCACCCAAUGCUGAACAAUUUUUUGCCAUGUUCAACAGCAUAAAAAAUGUAUCCUAUAUACCUUCUCUGCCGCGACUGGAGUGGCUGGACCUUGGCUGGAACGCCAUAGAAUCGUUUUCCUGGAUGUCUUUGCGUGCUCUGCCAGUUCUGAGGAUUCUUUCACUAAAUGAAAACCGGCUACGCUACGUGCAGCUGGGCAGUGUUAUAGAGCAUCUACCGAAACUGAAAACUGUAAAUAUAAAGUUCAACAAGAUCACGUCUGUCUCCCAGUACGAACUGGGGUGGCCACAGGUGACCACUGCCAGGAUCAUGGGGAACCCCUUUCACUGUGACUGCGACCUCUUCUGGCUGAUUGAAAAUAUGUCGUGUUUAGAAGCCUGUAAAGGAGGAGACGAGAAGGCCUGCUGUCGGUCGUGUUCAGCCUGCUUUGUUGCCGAUGUCUUGAAAUAUAAGGCGUUCAGACUGACCUGCCACAGUCCCAGUGGACUAGAAAAGCUGUCCUUAUCAGACGUUUCCAGCCAUCUGACGGGUUGUUGGCCACAGCAGUUGACCACAGAUGUGUGGAAACCGACGUCUCUGCAGUUAGGGUCAAAUCCAACCGAGAAUACGAAGUCACGGGUCGGUCAGACACAGACCAUGGUGACCACCAUACUGCACGAAACUGCCCGCAAUGACACUAAGCCCGAAUCAACCCAAAGUAACAAGGGCACAGCUACAAAUCCUACCGAGGGAUCAGGUGGUGAUUUUACUUCCCCCAACAUUCUACUCAGCGCUAUUGCAGGGACUUUGAGCUGCUUUACUGUGAUGAUAUUGUGCCAUCGUCUGUAUAAGAGGAAAUGCUACGGCUAUGCCCACGUUCAUUGA